CUGAAGUCUCCUGGUUGACCUGUCAGACCAGAGAUGAUUAAUGAUGUGGAGGAAGAGGAGGACAGAGCAGAGUCUCCAGUCCCCAGCUGUUGGUCUAUGAAGAGUGACCGGUCUAAAUAUGAACCUCCACUCUUCAGUAAUGAACCUGGACCUUCACACACACAAGGUGAGUCCUACAGACGGAGAGCAGAGUCUCCAGUCCCCAGCUGUCUGUCUAUGAAGAGUGACUGGUCCAAAGAUGAACCUCUGUUCUUCAGUAAUGAACCUGGACCUUCACACACACAAGAGUGGAGGAGCCGUGUCUCUGUGGAGGAGCAGCUGUCCAGCUGUGCUCUGUGUCAGGACUUCCUGAAGGAUCCAGUCUCUACCAGCUGUGGACACUGGUUCUGCAGACAGUGCUUCACCUCAUACUGGGACCAGUCUGGUUCUUCAGGAGACUCCUCCUGUCCCCAGUGUGGACAAAGACCCAGAACAAGACCUGGACUGCAGACAGCCAGUCAGACCAGCACUGAACAAACAGAUAGUGGUCUGCAGGAGGUUUUACAUCAACAUAAGAUCAGUCUGAAGAGCAGAUGUGAACAUGUGACUGAAGGAACUGAUGGAACAGGAAGUGGAACCCUCCUCAACAGGAUCUACACUGAGCUCCACAUCACAGAGGGACAGAGUGAAGAGGUUAAUACCCAACAUGAGGUGAUUCAGUUGGAGACCCUCCAUGACGCUCCAAUCAGGUGCCACGACAUCUUUAAAGCCUUACCUGACCAGCAGAGACCCAUCAGAGUGGUUCUGACCAACGGCGUCGCUGGCGUUGGAAAAACCUUCUCAGUGCAGAAGUUCUCUCUGGACUGGGCAGAGGGCUUGGAGAACCAAGAUGUCAGUCUGCUGGUUCUGCUUUCGUUCAGGGAGCUGAACCUGAUCAGAGAUCAGCAGUACAGUCUUCUCAGGCUGCUCCAUGUUUUCCAUCCAACAUUACAGAAGGUCACAGCAGAGCAGCUCGCUGUCUGUAAAGUUCUGUUCAUCUUUGACGGCCUGGAUGAAAGCAGACUGUCACUGGAUUUCAACAACAGGGAGGUUGUGUCUGAUGUCACACAGGAGUCAUCAGUCAACGAGCUGCUGACAAACCUCAUCAGGGGGAAUCUGCUUCCCUCGGCUCUCGUCUGGAUAACUUCCAGACCUGCGGCGGCCAAUCAGAUCCCUCCUACAUGUGUGGACAGGGUAACAGAAGUACGAGGCUUCACUGACGCCCAGAAGGAGGAGUACUUCAGGAGGAGAUCCAGUGAUGAAGAGCUGUCCAGCAGAAUCAUCUCACACAUCAAGACGUCCAGGAGCCUCCACAUCAUGUGUCAAGUCCCAGUCUUCUGCUGGAUCACUGCUACAGUUCUGGAGCACAUGUUGACCACAGACCAGAGAGGAGAGCUGCCCCAGACCCUGACUGACCUGUUCUCACACUUCCUGCUGGUUCAGACACAGAGGAAGAAGAACAAGUACCAUGAGGGACGUGAGACGAGUCCACAGGAGCUGACGGAGGCUGACGGGGAAGUUCUUCUGAAGCUGGGGAGGCUGGCGUUUGAACAUCUGGAGAAAGGAAACAUCAUGUUCUACCAAGAAGACCUGGAGCAGUGUGGUCUCGAUGUCACAGAGGCCUCGGUGUACUCAGGACUUUGUACUGAGAUCUUCAGAAGAGAGAGUGUGAUCUUCCAGAAAACAGUCUACUGCUUUGUUCAUCUGAGCGUUCAGGAGUUUCUGGCUGCAGUCUACAUGUUCCACUGUUACACCAACAGGAAGACUGAGGUCCUGAAGGGCUUCCGAAAAGAUGUGGUUGAUGAUGAUUCAUUCAGUGAUGACAGCGAUGACAGCGACGACAGUGAUGACAGUGAUGACAGCGAUGACAGCGAUGACAGGGACACUGACUAUUACCCAUCCAUAGACGAGUUCCUGAUGGCAGCCAUGGAGAAAUCCCUCCAAAGUAGAAACGGUCACCUGGACCUGUUUGUUCGCUUCCUUCAUGGCCUCUCUCUGGAGUCCAACCAGAGACUCGUAGGAGGUCUGCUGGGUCAGACAGAGAACAGUCCAGAAACCAUCCAGAAAGCCAUCAACAACCUGAAGAAGAUGAACACUUAUGAUAUCUCUCCUGACAGAAGCAUCAACAUCUUCCACUGUCUGAUGGAGAUGAAGGACCACUCAGUUCAUCAGGAGAUCCACGAGUUCCUGAAGUCAGAGAACAGAUCAGAGAAGAAACUCUCUGAGAUCCAGUGCUCAGCUCUGGCCUACAUGCUGCAGAUGUCAGAGGAGGUCCUGGAUGAGUUGGACCUGAGGAAGUACAACACAUCAGUGGAGGGACGACGGAGACUGAUCCCAGCUGUGAGGAACUGCAGGAAGGCUCGGUUUCUUGGUUGUGGACUCUCAGAGACUCACUGUGAACUCUUGGCCUCAGCUCUGAAGUCCAACCCCUCCCACCUGAGAGACCUGGAUCUAAGUGGAAACUAUCUGCAUCAUCUAGGAGUGAAGUUGCUGUCUGCUGGACUAAAGAGUCCACACUGUGAACUGGAGACUCUGAGGCUUGAUAAAUGUGAACUGACAGAGAGCUGCUGUAUUUUUCUGGCCUCAGCCCUGAGGUCCAACCCAUACCAUCUGAAAGAGCUGGACCUCAGUCACAACGCUCUGCAGGACUCUGGGGUGAAGCUGCUGUCAGCUGAGCUGGAGAGUCCAGACUCCCGUCUGGAAAGUUUGAGACUGAGGUGCUGUAUCUUGGUGGAGAACAGCUGCUUCCAUCUGGCCCCAGCUGUGAAGUCCCCUCUGAGAGAGCUGGACCUGAGUGAGAACAACCUUCAGGAUUCAGGAGUGAAGCAGCUGUUGAAGCAGCUGUCUGCCAGACUGGACACUUUACAUAGUAGACUGGAGAUUCUGAGGUUGAGUUCCUGCAGGUUGUCAGAGAUCAGCUGUUCUUCUCUGGCCUCAGCUCUGAAGUCCAACCCCUCCCACCUGAGAGAACUGGACUUGAGUGGAAACAACAAGCUGCAGGAUUCAGGAGUGAAGCAGCUGUCUGCUGGACUGGAGAGUCCAAACUGUCGACUGGAGACUCUGAGGCUGAGUCGUUGUCGGGUCACGCAUGAAGGCUGUUCUUCUCUGGCCUCAGCUCUGAAGUCCAACCCCUCCCAUCUGAGAGAACUGGACAUGAGUGUCAACAAGCUGCAGGAUUCAGGAAUGAAGGAUCUGUGUGGUUUUCUGGAGAGUCCAGACUGUCGACUGGAGACUCUGAGGUUGAGGUUCUGCAGUUUUUCAAAGAUCAGCUGUUCUUCUCUGGCCUCAGCUCUGAAGUCCAACCCCUCCCACCUGAGAGAACUGGACCUGAGUCACAACAACCUGCAGGAUCCAGAUGUGAAGCAGCUGCGUGACCUUGUGGAGAGUCCAGACUGUCAACUGGAGACUCUCUCUCAUUAAACAAAGUUGUCACUAUGGAUCAGUCUGUUCUGAACCAAAAGACUUCAAAUUACAAAGAAAAAAAGAAUAAUAAAAGAAAAGUAGGGCUGCCCUGUAAAUGUUGGUGAUGCAAAUCAUCAGCCCAGAAGCCCUGACUUCACUUCUGUCAGUGUGUCACAAGUAACACAGAUAACAGCAGUUCGCUCAACUAAACCUCCUCUGCUGCUGUGCAGUGUGUCUGACUCUUCAGCCGACACUGAUCCGUGAACAGCACACACACUUUACUGUGAUAGAGUACUCAGAUGGAGGGUUUAACUUAUCGAUUUGAAAAGAAAGGUCUCUGUGGUGAAGUUACUACCACAUGGUUGAAGAAUAAUGAUUCAAAAUUACUGGAUUAUGGUUAUCCAUUUGUAGGCGGAGCACAACAUGGACCUUACCUGGAGUAAGGCCUCUUUUUUGUUUAACUUUAAGAUGACCAAAACAUACUUUAAUAAUUUGAACCUGCGCUGUGAAUAUCGUCAUUAUUUAUUGUUUGUUAUAUUGAUUAUUGUUAUGAUGUAUCUCUAGCGUAGACACUCAUCCAUAUCAUUUCUAUGUCGUAACAAAUGUCAUCACUACACAGGUGAUGUGGCUUUGCUCAGACUGUACUCGGUGGUGGUAUAUGACAUCAACAUUAUAUGAUGAUGUGUUUGCGUUUCUCCCUCCUAAAGUGGAUGAGGUUGACAAACCAUCAGAAGCAAUGUAGUACGGGUCAGCAGAGAAACAGCUUUGAAACGCACAGUGCAGCUGAAAAGGAAAACGUAGAUGGAAGAGUUUCGUUUUCUCUGGUCGCUCCGUUAACGUCGAGCUGCGUCAUCAUGACGCCAUAGACUGAUGUGAUUUGUUUUUUUAAUCUUAUAUCGUGUAAUUGUAUGGUCAUGUGAUUUUACUUUUCUAAGGAAGAGGGUUAGUGCCACGUGAAAAUUUUUUAUUUCAUAAUUCUGACUUUUUAUUUUUUAAUUCAGAAUUUGUUUUUGCAUAUGGCCCUAAUCCUCUUCCGUACAUUUCUGACAUAGGGAUGCGUAUUAAAUGUUAAAUGUUCGAUUUUUAAUCUGAAGGUACUUCUGAUUAAAUAAAGAUAAUAAAAGCAGAAAUUUACCUGAGA